AUGAAAGUAACGGCGAUCUGGGUCUAUCCUAUCAAGGCCCUCCGCGGCAUCUCACUCCACAACGCCCAUCUAGGGCCUCAGGGAAUCAAGUAUGACCGGCGGUUCAUGCUCUGGAGGGUCGGCGAGGACGGCGGGCUGUCCAAGAUACAGCUCGAUCGAUAUCCCCAGUGCAGUCGCUUCGUCCAGGAGAUUGUAGGCGACGAAAUCCAUGUGCGAUAUCAGCCUCCGAGCGACCCCUUGGUGCCACCAAGUCCGGAGCAGAGCGUCGUGUUGCGCGUGCCAUUGGAUCCAGACGUUUCACGGCUCGAAAGACAAGUCCUCAACCUUCACCAGGGAAUGGUCAAUGGCUACCGUAUGGGAUCAGCUUACGACGAGUGGUUCACAGCUUGCUUUGGCUUUCGGGUUGUCCUGGUCUAUAUUGGUGAUGAGCGCCGCCCAGUAUUGGGCACCUUUUCGCCCAGAGCUCAGCCCGUUGCAGUUCCCACCCAACAGGGCUGGCUCUCAUAUCUCUUUAGCUACAUAUGGGGAGCGCAGAAGCCGCAGUCCGAGCCCGAGCCAGACUGGUUGACCUUUUCCGACAUGGCAGCCUACCUCGUUGCGAGCGAAAAGUCGCUCAGCAACGUCAACGCACGGCUCAGCAGCGGGCCCGUCGACAUUGUCCGGUUCCGCCCCAACAUCGUCGUCGACGGCGAAGGCGAGGGCGAAUUCGACGAGGAUUUCUGGGCGGAGCUGUCCAUCCGCAGUCGGCCUGCGCUCGCCAUGACCAAGAUGUGUAACCGGUGCACCUCUCUCAACGUCGACUACGAGACGGGGCGCUUCGGGGAGGGCGAGAAGGGCAUGGUGCUGAAGAAGCUCAUGUCUGAUCGGAGGGUGGACAAGGGGUCCAAGUGGACGCCCGUGUUUGGAAAGUACGGGUUCUUGGUGGAUGGGCUGGAUGGGCUUGAUGUCGCGGUUGGGGAUGAGGUUGCUGUGACGAAGAGGACGAGUGAGAGGCCGGUGUCGGAUUGGCAGUAUAAGGAUGAGAGCAUUGCUCGCUUCUAUCGCUAUACAUAG